UGCAAUUAGAAGAAAAAUUUCCCCAUUUGUGAUGUCAUUUGGAUUCAGAGUAUUUGGAGUUGUACUUAUCAUUGUGGACAUUAUAGUGGUCAUUGUGGAUCUGGCUAUCAAUGAGAAGAAAGGUGUCAGAGAGAUCCUUGAGGGCAUUUCCCUGGCAAUAGCACUCUUCUUUCUCGUGGAUGUUCUCCUGAGGGUGUUUGUUGAAGGCUUCAGGAACUACUUCCAGUCCAAACUGAACAUUUUGGAUGCAUUCAUAGUGGUGGGCACGUUGCUCAUUAACAUGACAUACUCCUUCUCAGACCUUGCUGCAGCAGAUCAGAUACCAAGGAUGGUCACUCUGCUCCGAGUUCUGAGAAUCAUCAUCUUGAUAAGAAUAUUUCGCCUGGCUUCACAAAAGAAGCAACUUGAAGUGGUGACCAGGAGGAUGGUCUCUGAAAACAAAAGGCGUUAUAUGAAGGAUGGCUUUGAUCUGGAUCUCACUUACAUUACUGAUCGCAUCAUUGCAAUGUCAUUUCCAUCUUCUGGGAAGCAGUCCUUCUACAGGAACCCCAUCAAGGAAGUUGCAAGGUUUUUGGACACCAAACAUGCAGACCACUAUAAAGUCUACAAUCUCUGCAGUGAAAAAGGCUAUGACCCCAAGUACUUCCACUACAGGGUGGAAAGGAUCUUUAUUGAUGACCACAAUGUCCCAGCAUUGCAGGACAUGCUGAAAUUCACUGCCAGUGUCCGUGAGUGGAUGAGUCAAGAUGAAAAGAACAUCAUAGCAAUUCACUGCAAAGGAGGCAAAGGUAGGACUGGAACCAUGGUCUGUACCUGGCUCAUAGACAGUGACCAGUUUGAGAGUGCAAAGGAGAGUCUGGACUACUUUGGGGAGCGAAGAACUGAUAGAAGCACAAGUACCAAGUUUCAAGGAGUUGAAACUCCAUCCCAGAGUAGGUAUGUUGGGUAUUAUGAGAUCCUGAAAAACAAGUAUAACUUGAAACUCCCACCAGAGAGACAACUCAAAAUAAAAAACCUCAAAAUCCACUCUAUACAUGGAGUUGGGAAAGGCAACGGAACUGAUAUGAAGGUGCAGAUAAUAGUGAGGAAGCAAGUUGUAUUAGAAUGUGUAUGUGCCAGUCAAGGAAACUGCAAGCUCUUCCUUGACUCUGAAAGUGACUCUGUGGUCAUUGGCUUGGAAGACAGCCCUGUUAUAAGUGGUGAUGUGAAGGUCCGAUUUGAGUCGCGCUCUGAUCUCCCAAAAGGCUAUGAUGACUGCCCAUUCUUCUUCUGGUUCAACACUUCCUUUAUUGAAAAUAACAGGUAA